CUUUUUUUCUGGGAUUCAGGGUAUCCAGAUAGAUCAUCAAUUCCCGUAGGUUACCGCGCUCUCCUCCCACCUUGGACCCGCCACUGAGGAAACCUUCGGGUCGAGACUGAGGUGUGGGGGCGGGGCGGGGUGCGGGUCGCGAGGUCUGAGCAGGAGAGCCAUGAGCAGCCCGGAUGCGGGGUAUGCUAGUGACGACCAGAGCCAAACCAGGUGCGCACUGCCCGUGAUGAUGGCCGGAAUGGGCCCCUGCCCAUGGGCAGAGUCUCUGAGCCCCCUAGGGGAGAUGAAGGUCAAGAACGAGUCCGGUGCAGGUGCAGGGAACGGAGGCAGCGCGACUGCUGCAGCUGCUGGGCCUGCGGGCCGUGGCAAAGGGGAGUCCCGCAUCCGGCGACCCAUGAACGCAUUCAUGGUGUGGGCCAAGGACGAGCGCAAGCGGCUGGCACAGCAGAAUCCGGACCUGCACAACGCCGAGCUAAGCAAGAUGCUGGGGAAGUCCUGGAAGGCGUUACCUCUGGCCGAGAAGAGGCCCUUUGUGGAGGAGGCUGAGCGACUUCGAGUACAGCACAUGCAGGACUACCCCAAUUACAAAUACCGGCCUCGGAGGAGGAAGCAGGUGAAGAGGCUGAAGCGGGUGGAGAGUGGCUUCCUUCACAACCUUCCUGAGCACCUGGGCUCAGGGCUGGAUCCAGAGGGCAGAGUGUGUGUGGACAGCCUGGGACUGCCAUUUCAUGAGCAGGCCUACCACCAGGGCCAGGGGGUGCUACCUCCUCAGAUGGGACACUACCGCGAGUGCCAGAGUUUAGGUCCGGCCUCUCAGUUUGACAGUUACAAUUUGCCUACCCCGGAGGCUUCUCCCAUGGAUGGAAUGGAGCCAGAUGCAGCUUUUUUCCCCUCCUCACUCCAAGGAGACUGCCAGCCAGGACCCUAUAGCUAUCCUGUAGCCUCUGAGUAUUCUGCACAUCCUGACUCUCACUCAGGUCCUGUGCACCACAGACACAUGCAGGAACCCCUGGCACACUCAUUGCAAGGCCUGAUGGGUCCCUCCAACCCUCUGCAUAUGUACCGUGGUCCCACGGGCUCCCCCCAGGCUGGGAGCAGUGUCCAUGGUUUUCAGAUGCAGCAUCAGCCAGGAUCUAGUCAACCCUCUCCUCCUGCAGAGGCCCUGGCCUGCAGGGAAGGUCUGAGUGCCAGCCAACCUGCUGAGGUCCAAGAGGCUGGAAUCCACACAGAAUUUGAACAGUAUCUUCACCAUUUAUGCAAAGCAGAGUUGGGGCUUAUCUCUCCAGGUCAUGAUGGUGACCAUAACCCUUCAACUGUUUCCACUGUCAUGUCAGAUGCUAGUUCUAUAGUCUAUUACCAUAAUUAUGAAAACAUAUGAAGCUCUGUGUUCUUCACCGAUUGAAGCCAGCAAUACAAAAGUUGUUGAAGUGUCUUUGCCAGUGAAGGCAAACUAAAGAUGUACUGUGCCCCAUUUUUUUCCAGUUAUGUGGGCAUUCUUUUAGUUUUAUUUAAGCUUAUAAAGCCUUCACAUUUCCUGUGGGUAUUUGCUAAAGAAAAUAAUGAUAAACCUGUACAAUCAUCUUUCUUUGUUAAAACAUUUAUAUUUUCAGCUAGAUUUUUUAGACCUUAUUGAAUGAAUCUACAAAUCAGAAUGCUUUUUUUUCCCUCAAGGAAAAUCUUGUUUCUCAGGAAAGUUGUGAGGUUAUUUAGUCUGUUUAGUUUCAAAGGCUCUAGUUAAAAUUCUUUGUAAAACAUUUACAUUUCUAACUAUGUUUUUUAGACCUUAUUGAAUCUACAAAUCAGAAUCCUUUUUUUUUCUCAAGGAAAACCUUGUUUCGCAGGAAAGUUGUGAGGUUAUUUAGCCUGUUUAGUUUCAAAGGCUCUAGUUAAAAGUGUUCUCUACCUCUAAAGAAUAUCACCAAUGGGGGGAAAAAUAAUAAAACUUGAUGAAAGGUUGUGGUGAUUAUCUCUAUAUGAAGUUAAAUAAUAAUCAAGGUUUUCUUAUGCAUAUAUUCAUGAAUGUGAUCUUAGGUAUCAUUUUACAAUUUUGCUUUUUAUAUCAUCUGCAUUUUAAAAUAGAUGUCCCUUACAUUACAAACAAUGUAAAAGAGAAUUUGUCGACAUAAUCAUCCAAGUCUGCUAUCAUAUGCUGUUUCACAUCCACAAUCUCCUAUAGGGAUUUGUCUUCCCAUAACUUUCAUAAUUUAUAAGAUUUAGUUUUGCUCUUGUAUUUUAUUCUGCCAUUAAUUUUGUGGUAGUCAUUGUAUACAUUGUUUUCCUGGUUCCUGGUUCAUAAAAUUAUGUUUUAUUUUGCAUCAUUUCAUAGAAGUCUUUUUAUGAUUCUCUAUUCUCAGUCAUGAUUUGUUCAAAGUAAUAUUCUAUUGUAUUUAUGUACCACCAUUCCCUAGCAUAUGGAUAACUAUUAUUUUUUCUAGUUCUUCUUUUAUUGAAAGUAAAUACAGAGCUAUUUUUUCUAUCCCAUGACCUUUUUGGGGUAUGUGAUUUUUUUGAAUAAAUUCUUUCUAUUGGAUCUUAGUGUCCCAGAUAGGGGAACUUUCCCUAGAAAUAAGGUAUUGAAUUUAGCUCCGUUAGGGUUAGCAGAGAAUCUCUAGGCAAAAUCUGUGGCACGUGUUGUUACUGUUGAGAAUCCCUGCUAUGAUAAUACCUUAGGUUCAGUCUAGCAGAAGAGUGGAUCGAUAGCUUUAACUAGGGGAGAUCAUUUGGGAAAAGAGUCCUCUGCUGUCAACACCAACAGCAACUGCUGACCAAAUGACAUGAAAGAGUAGAUCAACCCAAGAACCCUGUAAUGACUUUCCUCAAAUUACCUCUGUUUCCAAAUCAGACAGCAUUUAAAAAACUUACCUGUUAUGAUGUUGUCUUGUUAUUGAAGACUUAGCAAAAGAAAGUUAUCACCAUCACUAGAAAUCCUCACCAUUGUUAAAUUGUCAAAAAACUAAGAUUUUGUUAGUGAAAAUAAAAAAAAAGUUAUAUCAUCUAUUA